AUGUCGGCGGCUAACGACGGUGACCCGCCAUCAUCCCCUAUGCUCUCGUGGUUGCCCGCCAAGCCAACGUGCUCCUGGUCCGGCAUCAGGUGCAACGCAGCUGGGCGUGUCACUGAGAUCAGCCUCCCGGGCGCUGGCCUCAACGGUACCCUUGGCACGUUCAACUUCACCACUUUCCCGGCGCUCACCAAGCUCGACCUCUGCAGCAACAACAUCACUGGCACCAUCCCGGCGAACGUCGUCACCAACCUGACGUACCUUGACCUGUCACAGAACAGCUUGUCCGGGGAGAUACCGGACGCCUUGCCGGCGACGAUGCGAGGGAUAAAGUACCUCAACCUGUCAUGGAAUGGAUUGGAUGGUCCGAUACCACGGUCACUUUCUGGUAUGCGAGAGAUGCGCUCGUUUGACGUAUCAGGAAACAAGCUCACACGGGCCAUUCCUCCAGGUUUGUUCAUGAAUUGGCCAGAAAUCACAUUGUUCCAUGCACGGGACAAUCCCCUGUCUGGAAGCAUUCCUCCUGAGAUCAGCAACGCGACCAAGCUACAGUCCUUGUAUCUAUGCCUCAACAGCUUAUCCGGCCAAAUCCCAGUGGAGAUCGGGAGACUGACAAACUUGCAAUAUCUGAUCUUGGCAAGGAAUUUUCUGAGUGGAUCAAUUCCGCAUUCAGUUGGGAACAUGUCAAGACUCUUGGAGGGCGAGGUGCCUACAGCCAUCUCGCUCCAAAGCCUUCAAUUCCUCGACCUCGGUAACAACAGGUUGUCAGGCAUGAUACCAUACCUCGGCAUGAGGAAAUUGCUUGGCAUUUCCUUGGAUCUGCUGUACAUGGAUUUGUCAAGCAAUGCCUUCUCUGGGAUUGUGCAGACAUCAACGAACUCCAAUUUGUCACUCCAAUUUGUGGACCUGGCAAACAACAAUCUCAUGGGAGGAUUCCCAUUACACUACACCACGGCACCAAAUCGAUGA